UACCACCCAGUGAACUUUACCGAGAUGAUAAAAGAAGAAAGCAGACAAACCGGUCUCUUUAUUUGAGCUCACGUUGAAGAUAUUGGAUAUAAAAUUUACGGCAAAACCUGAGGGUGAGUUACCAGGCAUGUCAUCCGUACCAAAUAGGUCGCAGUGUUUGUCCUAUUGUUGCUCAUCGAAAGACUCCCUGCCUCAUAGCAAACUGCACGGAGACAAAUCCUACGAUCAUCGAAAUCCCCAUGUUCUUUCACGUUCACGUGACACUUCACUUGUUUAGUUAAACUUUAUCAUAGCAACCAGGAGUGUUAAUUUAAGCAGCAACACUGUAACGAGUUUCAAACCUGCGAAAGGAUAAACAUUGUUUAUCCUAUUCUUCAAUUUGCAUAUUAGUUGUGAAUCUUAUAGUGCUUCUAGCUAAAAAUUCUUCCUCUAGUUUAUUGUGCUCGUUAAGUGAAGUAACACCUAAAUCUCGUGUUUAAACAUUACAACCAAACGUAGUAACAACUAUUCGUUGCGAUUACACCGUGCGAACUUUAAAAUUUGUUCAAAUGAGCUUCGAAAUAAUUAACACUGUAGACAAACUGACGCUUUCAGAUCAAAUAGAACAAGAGAAAAUAAGCUUAAAUCUUCUCAGGCAGACAAACUGCAAACUAGAAGAAUCCAUCGACAUUUUAGAGGAUCAGCUGGCUUCAAUUGAAGAUGAAGAUAAUGAAUGGAAGACGAGAUAUUUAAUUCAGAAAGAGAUGAAUGACUACUACAAAAGGGCAUUCUUCUUCUGCGAUCAGCAAAUACCGAAGGCGAAAGCACUUCAACGAACAAUAAACCGUGCUGUUAGAAGGGGCUCAAAAUUAUCUAGCUACAUGGAUCUUGACGAAGAUUCGGUUCAAGAACUUGAGGAUUAUCGUACGUACAUAAUCAAAUUAUGUCGCGAGCUGGAAUCGAGGAUCGAUCAGGAGGGAAAGGCUUAUUACUGGGCUACAGAAAUUCGAAAACGCGCACUCAUUGAAUUAAACUAUACAUAUAUACCAGCACCAGUAAGUAAGUAUCCUGUGGAGAAGAAAGAAGAUGAAAGUGAUAAACUAGUGAGGAAGACACAAAAUCGAACAUUUAAUUCUAAAUAUGGUCUAGGAAGUAAAACAAGUGGAGUGAAGAAACUGCCUCCAAUGCAUUUCUGACCGACAUCGCUGAAAACAUAUAUAAAACUGUCUUUUUAUUAAACCAAACAUGAUGUCUAAAACGAAAAAUGAGUUGUCAUUUACGUGUAAUGAAUGCCGAAAGUUGGCUGAUAGUAAUUACUGACUUUUACG